GGGCGACAGAGUGAGACUGCGCCUGAAAAAAAAAGUUAUUGGAAUGUUUUGAUAUCAGAAUUUCUGGGGAACAUUUGGAUUUCCAGAAUCUCUUUCACAUCAGCUGUAAUAUUCUCCAUCCACUGCCCCCGGCUGCUGCACCCCUGCACCUCCAGGUCUGUCUGCCCCCUGCCUGGGGCCAGGGCCCAGCAGUCAUGACAGACACCCCAGUGGAGGAAUCCCUCUUCCAAAUCAUCCACUGCUUCCACCAGUAUGCAGCCCGGCAAGGUGAUAUGGAGACCCUGUCCCUGCAGGAGUUGCAGGCCCUGCUCAUGGACAACGUGCCCCGCUUCAUGGACAGCUUGGGCCGGAAGGAGCCAUACUAUAUCACAGAGUUGUUCCAGGCGGCAGACAAGAACAAGGACAACCAGAUCUGCUUCGACGAGUUCCUCUACAUCUUGGGCAAGCUGGUGAAGGACUACCACCUGCAGUACCACCGGCAGCUGUGUGCCCACUACUGUGCCCAACACAGCCUCUACUAGAGGGAGCUCAGGCAGCCUCCUGCCCACCGGAGCCAGACCCAGGAGGAGGUGUGACCUGGAUAUCAGGAACUGAAUGGAGAACACAGCUGUGUGUGUCUGUGUGUGUCCCUGUGUGUGUGUGCACAUGUGUGCACAUGUCUGUGGAAAGGACAUCAAUGUGAGAGAGAAUAAAGCAAUUUCAUACAU